UGGGGAACACCAUCCACCAAGCGGAGUUCCAGCAGCGCCUGGAGCCACUGCAGCAGGAGGACGGGGAGUUCCAGCUGGCGUUCAACGCCGACGAGAUGUUCCACGUGGACCUGCAGAAGCAGGAGACCGUCUGGCGCCUGCCCGAGUUCGGGAACUUUGCCGGCUUCGAGGCGCAGGGAGCUCUGCAGAACGCGGCAAUAGGCAAAUACAACUUGGAGGUCAUGAUGGAAAGGUCCAACCGCUCACAGGGAACCAUCGUGCCACCCGAGGUGAUGGUGUUCCCCAAACGCCGAGUGGAGCUGGGGGACCCCAACAUCCUGAUCUGCUACGUGGACAAGUUCUGGCCAUCUGUAAUCUCC